AGGUGAGUGUGUCCACCCUUCUAGUUCCCAUUCUAACCAAAUCCCAUGCCUUCAGCUUGCCCAGCAUCCCAUUGCCUUUAGAUGAAGAACAGACUGCUGCUUCAGUAGAACAAAAUGGCCAGAGGAGAUUGAGGUCGCGAUCAAUGCCCGGGCAGGAGCUAUUGGUCCAAGUCUCGUCCAUCUAUGGGAAUGAAACACGGACUGAGCACCCACAGAUGGUCGAUGUGGCUGUCGCCACUGAAUCCAUCUUAGAUUGGAGAACUUCUACUACAUCUGUUAGUCAGUCUUCGUUCUACGGACGAGAUUCCCUCAGGGGUUUUCCUCACAUCCUUGUGGAGGCACCAGAUGAGCCAAAGGAUGAUGAUACCAAUCCUCAGUCUACACCCAUUGAACCGAUUUCAGAAGUGCCUUAUGUGAAGCCCAAUAUACAGAGAGUGCUAACACCCCUUCCAGUCGAUAAGCGAGUCUCACGCAAAGACUACCCCUCUUCUCUUCAUCUUCUUCACGAGGAGACAUCCGUUGAGAGCAUAGUGGAGGUGUCUCCGAAAAGGAGCUCUACAAGUGACACGGAACCGUAUGAAAUAGAGGAACGUCUAGUCACCAAAACGCAAAAGUUCUUCAAAAAGAGAGCUCCGUUAGUUCCAAGAUACGAUUCGGAGGAUUCGUUUGAAUUUGGAACUAAGAUAGAACAAGAAGACCCAGUAGUUGUGAUAAGUCGUGAGUUGACCGCCACCGAUUCGGAGGGAUCUUUCAGCGAGAACGACAAGAAAAGCCGGAAAGACAACACAGUGUGGGACACACAGAGUAGAGGUUCCCGGAAAUCCCACAGCAUAGCUCCUAGCGGCCGUCAUCUGGGCUCUGGUAUGGUUUUUAUCUAUAUGGUGAUACCACCAGACGGUGGCUUUGGUUGGAUGAUCAUGUUUCUGUCCUUUUUCGCCCAGCUGAUCAUCGAUGGCCUGAUCUUUACCAUCGGCGUCCUUCUGCCAUUUAUAGCCAAGGAUAUGAAAGUUGAAAUAACUUCAGUGUUAUUCGUGGCAAGUGUCCAGAUCGGAUGUUACUUUACGAGCGGAGCCUUUGCCGCCGCGCUGAUAAAUCGUUUCGGUUUUCGGAAGGUUGCAAUUGCGGGGGUGUUAUGCACCUCAUCCACAAUCUUGAUUGCCAGCUGCAGCGUCAACGUGGUUAUGCUGAUCUGCUUCUACAGCAUCAUUGUUCGCCCAGGUGGAUUCACGAUGAGCUUGAUCUGGGCAAGCUCGCAGCUAAUCGUGGGCUAUUACUUUGAACGGUAUCGUCCGAUGGCCACUGGCUUCUCCUGCAGUGGCGGCGGUGCCGGGAUAGUCCUCUUUACAUUCCUUAACGCCUAUCUAGUGCCAAUAAUCGGAUGGCGGAACAUGUUUAGAACGCAAGCUGGAUUCGUUUUGUUGAUUUUGAUUGCAGCCAUCGCUUUUGUAGAGGUUCCGCCCACUCAGGUGGGGAUGUACCAUCAUUACGAUAUGGACACCAGUUCCGAUGAAUUCUACGGGAAUUUUUACGUGCACGACUAUAUGCGUCUAUCCAGCCAGACUACAAGAAGUCGGAGUAUCCUUAGCUCGUAUGAGCCGUCUACCAAGAAAAACGGAUGCGCCAGGUUUUGUUCCUGCUGUACGAAAUGCUGUCCCAAGCAGCACAGGAAGGAACCGCCGGAGGAUGAGCAAAAUCUUUUGAUACGCCCGGCGCCUUUAGAGCGGGACGAUCUCUUCUACACGGGUCCGGCUGAAUACGGGAAACCACACAACACGGAGAACCUUGAAGGCAGGGAAGUUCAUCUGAUGGGCUCGGAUAAGAAUACCCAGCAAGUUAACUAUGGCAUUACGAAAAUUCAUUUAGACGAUGAUGAACGAUCUUCCGUGAAAAGUAUUUUUAAAAACCAGAGAUGGGAUAAGACACCGCCCAAGAAACAAAGGUCCUGCUUGCAUAGCAAAUUCAUGAUCACACUCGUCAAACUCUUCGACUACCGUCUGCUGAAACAGUUCGAGUUUAAGAUUUUGGUGGCCUCAGCUUUGCUCUUUCCCAUGGGCUUUAAUAUUCCCUUCAUUUACUCAUCUUCACGUACCACCAUUCCCAUUGAAUAUGCUCGGUUUAUUGGCCCACUUAUUGGGAUUUGCAAUAUGAUCUUCAGGAAUAUCUGUGGCUUUGUGGCUUACAAGCGACGUCACUGGACAACGAUGAUCUGUGGUUUUGGUCUAGUUUUCGGUGGAUGUUCCGUCUUCACAAGCGCCUUCUAUGGCCAGGACUUGAUUUGGUUUCAGUUUCUCUAUGCCAUAACAUAUGCGGUGGCUACAGCUGUGUUUUCCACCAUGCGUGGACUUAUUUAUGUGAAAUACCUAGGCCUGUCCAAGCUUACCAAUGCCUUUGGGAUUACCUCUUUGGCCAUGGGUCUGGGCGCUUUUAUUGGUACUACCAUUGCCGGAGAAAUGGUGGGAACUCAUGGAAACUAUACAGCUGCCUUCAGCUUUGCGGGAUCAUGUCUCAUAGUCUCUGGGGCAUUAAAAGUACUGCUUCCCUUAUUAGUAAAGUGCCGAUAUAGGCACAAUAAGGAUUCGGAAUAGCAUGAUUUAUUGGUUGUGUCCUCCAUCGAACUUGGGAUUUAUUUUACAAAACAGCUCGCGCCUUGUUGUUUUCUCAUUUUUAAUACGUCUAGUAUUAUUGGCUAUUUUAGUGGUUAAAUAAGCACGCGUUCAAAAUUCUGAAUAAAUUUUUUUAUAUUACAUUUUCUGUUUCGAUUUGAUCAGAGAUUGAUCAGGGGAAGAAGGUUUAGGAAUAUAUUUAUUAGAGAGAUUUUUGUUAGCAAUUUGACUUCUUAAAGACCCUUUGAAGUCAAAUUGACUAACAGAGAUGGUUGCUACUUAAAAUUUAAGAUGCUAUAUUA